CCCAGAGGGGCGGCACGGCGCGGAGCCUCCUCCCGGCCUGUUCUUCCCCGGCCGGACGGAGAGCGGCACUGUGUCCCCGCGGCGCACGCUCCACCGGAGGGAGCCUCUCCCUCUUCCCGGGCCACCACCGAACAGCUCCCCAGUCCCUGCGUCCGCCUCCGACGGAACCCGGCGAGCCGAGCAGCGGGAGGUUUACUUUGCCUAAUUCCCCACAUGAUGGAACAAAUCUUUUCUUGACCUGCAUGGAUAUGUAGACCUUUUCAAGAUGGUUAAGAACUGUGGUGAAGAGCCAUGUGGAAAGACAAGAGGGACAUCCGCUUCUGCUGGCAUCUGAACUGUAUGUUUGAAACUAUGGUUUCCUGACAGAAGAGUGCGUUAUAUUUUUUUACAGCAGAUCUUUGUUAAAUGUGCUGUCGGUGGUGGUUUUGGAAAGAUGAGAAUGGACCCACUGCAGGGCAGCUCAGUGAAAGUAAAAAUGUCUGCUAUUUCUGUUAUGUGUAUCCCAGUUACGAGGAGUUUUUUGUGAUUUCUGAGCUUGGUGCUGUCAGCCUCAUGUGAACAAAUUAAAGCAAAAACCAAGCUGAAUUUUGGAAAAAAAAAUGCCACGGAAAAGGAAAACUGGUGGGAGCCCUUCUCUGAAGAAUGGCAAUUAUGACAGAACUGUUGCUGUAGCCCAAGGGGACCCAAGCUUUUCACUGUCACAAGCAGUGCAUAGUGUCAAUAAGGAAAAGCUCCUGAACAGCAUGUCAGAGAUGUUUUCUGACCUAGAUCCUACUGUGGUUUAUAUGGUUCUGUCUGAAUGUGAUUUUAAAGUAGAGAACGCUAUGGAUUAUCUGCUAGAGCUGUCCACUCAUGCUGAAGGAGUAGGAUCUUCAAAAACCUUGGAUUUUGAUACAGUAGCACCAUCGCUAGCUCUUGUUAAUCAGCAAAGAUCUAUUGCAAAUGAAAGAAGGUGGCAAAGUACUGCAGAACAAAGUAACUCUGAAGAAGGGAUGGAAGAGGUCCUAUCGAAUGAUGUGCAGCUCACUGAAGAACUGGAUUCCUUAAUAGAAAAUUCCUUUCAGAGAUACAGCUUGAGUGAUGAAUUGCCCAAUUCUGCAAAUGACCAAAUAGUACAUAAGCGUUCUGUGGAACACAGUGGCUUUAAUGAAUUUCCUGAGUGGGAAAAAUCUUUUUCAGGUUGCAGUCUUCUACUUUUUCCACAGCAAACAGGGACAAACAAUGAGGUUUUAGAAAACUUCUGCUGUUCUCAGCCACCAGUGAGUCAGCUAAGUGUCCAUACAGGGUCACCAACUGCAUCUGACACUUCUGCACAAAUACAGGAAGAUUCUGAUUUGUCAGAAAUACAUACUCAGCAUGAUGUUGCUUCAGAAGUCUAUAAACAACCCAAUGGAGAAGUACCUUGUGGAAAUUCUGAUCAGACACAAGAUACUGUUUUGGAUCAGAAAAGCGUGACUGCUGCUUCUGGUGAGUCCUCCCAAAGACCUCUGGAACUUGAAGUAGCUGUCACUGGAAAUCCUAAUUCAAGAUGCCUGGAACAGCACGAAGAGGUAGUGACUGCCUUUAACAGCCACCAGGGUACCUCUCUUCCAGAGGCAUAUACCUCUCUUGAAACAUCCAUGUUAAAGACACCAGAACCUGUAGAUUUUCAGCAAACUCAGCAGGGUUAUAACUUAAACUUUUCCCCACUGUCAUGUCAGCCUCAACAACACUGGAAUCUCAUGGCUCCUGUGUUUUAUCCAUCCAGUGGAAGUCACAGCUUUGUAACUCCUGUGGCUGUCAGUCCAGGGCAGUGGAGACCUGUUUCAGAUUAUAGGACUUCAGAAAAAGAACAUCAUUUUUCCUCUCCAGUGGUUUCAAAUGCUUGGGAUAGCAGCCUUUCUCAGAAGCUACAGGAAAAUCAAGAUAGAAACUCCAAAUUGAACCUCUCACAAGCACAGCAGUCACCUGUUUGUCACAUGAUGAGAAAAAGGAUGCACCUUAUAGGUCAAGUACUUGUUCUUCUCAGAGGUGUUCCAGGAUCAGGAAAAUCAUAUUUGGCAAGGACUUUGCUUGAGGAUAACCCAGGUGGAAUCAUUCUUAGUACUGAUGAUUACUUUUAUAAACAUGGACAAUACCAAUUUGAUCCCAAUUGCUUAGGGGAAGCACAUGACUGGAACAGGAAACGAGCCAAAGAAGCAUUUGAAACGAGAAUCUCUCCCAUAAUAAUAGACAACACAAACAUACAAGCAUGGGAGAUGAAGCCUUAUGUUACUUUGGCUCAGCAGUUCAAAUACAAAGUUGUGUUCCGAGAACCAGGCACAUGGUGGAAGUUUAAACCCAAAGAGCUUGAAAGGCGAAACAUUCAUGGUGUCUCUAAAGAAAAGAUCAAAAGAAUGUUGGAGCGAUAUGAACACCGCCUUAGUGUUAGUUCAGUAUUGGAUUCUUCAGUCCCAGACAAAGCAGAAGCUGCUGGUUGGAGUGAAGAUCCUUGUCAGGAGGAAAGCCAUAGGACAUUACAUUCUGAUGUAAAGGAAGAACCUUUCGCUUCUGAUCUUGGGCGUCUUGAAUUAGCUGAAGAUGAGAAAACUUUUCCCAGUACUUCUCUAACAUUAGAAAGUAACCAUGAUCCUGAGCGUCUUCAGAAAGAGGAAAAAGAAAUUGAAAAUAGCUCAGUGGAACACAAUUGUGAGGACAGCACUGUUCAAGAUGACUUGGAUGUUUGUUUGUCAGAUCAUGUAGAAAAAGAACUGCCCUUGGAGAAGAAAGAAGAAAAGGGAGAAAAACUAGGAAAAAGUACUGAAACAGAAAAGGGUGAGAUUGAUGUGACCACGACUGAAGAUACUUUGUGCAUGCAUACAGAAGGAGUUGAGGAGCACUGCAAUAACAAUAUUCUCAAAGUUCAAACUGAAGUUGAACAAUCUGGCCAAAUAUGUACAGAACCAAAAUCAACAGAAAGUAGUAACACAGCAGAACCAAGCAGUUCGGCUUUCGACAUGUCAAGAAAACCAGAACUACUCAACUUUCUGGGUGACUGGCCUGUAGAACAAACAAUGGGACAGAGAGUCAAAAGAGCUAGACGACUAGAAAAAUCUUCUCUGAAGAGCGAUAAAGAGGUUAAAACUCCCAGUCAACAGAAUCCUGAGUUAGGUAAAGAGCAAGCAGGCCUGCCUGGGACCCAUACUGUUGAAAAAGGACAUGAGGAAGAAAAUCUAGCCUCUGGCUGUUUCUCUGAUAAUUCAGAUAAAGUUACACCGCAGUUGCAAAUGAUAGGACAUUGGCCUGUCACAGGCUCAUUACAACAGAGACAACAAAGGUCAAGGAGAAUGAGAAGCACAAAUCUAAAUCAGGCCGAUGAACACAGAAAUGCUGAAGAUGACAUUAAUAGAAAUGCUCUUGAGACUGUAGAUGUGCUUCAUGGGACACCUGUGAACACUGCAGAGCAACCGGAUACAGAGACUUUGCAUAUGCACCAACCUGAAACAGAGGCUAGUGAAACACUAGGUGAGAAAAAACUGCAGCAAAAUAAGAGAAUGAGGAAACAUCACAAGUUGGCCCUCACUUUUACAAAUAACAAUUUGCCCCAUCCAAGAGAAGAGGAAUGCUUGUCAACACUUAAUGUAGAAGAAGAAAAACAGGAUGCAUGCUCGUGUAGGCAAAAAAGUGGCUAUUCACAGACUGAAUCACAGGACUUUGCUCUCCUGUGGAGGUUAGAAAAGAAAAUGCUUUUUCCCGAGACUACCAAAGUAUUGCAUGGCAGACUAGAUGGCUUCAAACCCAAAGAUGUAGGUAAUGUUUCAGAUUCUCAGGAAAAAAUUCCCUAUCGAGUUACGUAUGAUAAAAGUACAUUUGUGGAAGAAAGUGAACUUAUCAAUAUUGAUGAGUCUGAAAAGCUGAAUAUGCUGUGUAAGCUCUUUGAUUCUGUUUCGUUUGAAGCUGUGAAAGAUCUGUAUGAAAGAUGUAACAAAGACAUAGACUGGGCCACAGGUCUGCUCUUAGACUCUGAUGAAAAGUUACGCAAAGAUGUUGGCACUGAAUGCUUUCAAGUAAGAGAAGCUGAGCCAGUUGUUGCAGACCUUGAUUUCAAGGCAAGUACAAACUACAGUGAGAAUCUCAAUGACUGUGAACAAAUGUCACAAAUAAUUGGGGCUGGUGAUACCUCUAAGCCUUCAGAAGAUAAUAACUCAUCAUUCAGCAUUGCAGAAAGUCAGACGGCCAAGGCAACUGUGACAGAUGUUGAGGUGUCUGAUGCAUUGACUGCUACCUCACUGAAGGAUUCAUCAGAACUGAAGAAUUGUGGAGAUGCAGCCCCUGGAACUGAUGUAGACAGCUCAGCAGCAGUUAUCUUUGAGCCGUUCAUUUCAGGAAAGCAGAAGGUAGAAGCUGAGAGUCCUGCUGAGGAACCUAUAAAUAAGCCAUUAGUCUCACAACAUGAUGCAGGUUUCUGUGGACCCAUGAUUCUGCCUCAUGGUCCUAACACAAAUUCUACCAAUUUGAAAUUUGAACUAAAUAACAAGAGUGACAGUAACCCUUCGGAAAGCAAUGCAGAGAAUUCCAAAGUGAUGACUUCGUUACUAGAAGUGGAUCAUGCACCUCUGUUCGGUCCUAGGAAUGAUGAAGAACUGGAAACCCAGGGGCGUUUCAGAGAGAUACAUGGUAGAGAAGAAAUUGAAACUCCAAACAAGGAUGAAGCCAAAGCCAAGAUACAAAGUCCUAUACCAGCAUCACAUGCAGCCUUCAAUAUAGAUUGCCUAGAACUAACAUUACCUCCUGAACUGGCACUCCAAUUGAAAGAAAUAUUUGGGCCUGUUGGCAUUGAUGCAGGAUCACUGACUCUUGAGGAUUGUGUGGUUCAUAUUGAUCUGAAUUUGGCCAAAGUGAUUCAUGAGAAAUGGAAAGAAUCUGUUCUGAAGCGUCGGAGGAGAGAUGAAUCAUGUAAGUUGCCUGCAGAAGGUCCUACUGUGAUUCAGCAGAUAGAUACAGAUGACUCAGAAAUGCUGUUAUCUCAGACUGCAGACGGUAAAAUACAGAAGAAAAAAAUGAGCUGGGUAUCUGGCUCAUCUGAAAACAUACAGACUAAAAACCCAGCAACAUCAGACGUUUUCCCUUUUAUGGAUCACUGGAAUGCUCAGAUUCAGAAAGUUUCUCUCAGACAAAUAAUUUCUGAAGAAAUAGCUAUGCAGGAGAAACAGGACCUGAAUCGUAUUCCUUGUAUGGCUAGAAAAGACUGUGCCGCUAAACUAAAGGAGAAGCAACUUUUUGAGAUGUUUCCAACUAUUAGUCAAGAUUUCUUAAUGGAUAUCUUCAAGGACAAUAACUACUCUUUAGAACAAACCGAACAGUUUCUGAACUGUGUUCUGGAGGCAGAUCCUGUAAAAACAGUUAUAGCUCAAGAAAGUGUUCAGCAAAGUGAAAUGGCUUCAUCCUGCAGUGCUGCAAAGAACCGGGAGAAGAAGGCAAAAAAAGGUAAGGAAGAGGAUGAACCUUUGAGUGAAAUACUUCAAAAAAUUGAGUAUCCACAAUACGAUGAUUUAAGAGCAGAAGCUUUUUGUCACCAGCAAAAGAGACAGGAGUGUUUGAAAAAGGCCGGGGAGGCCCAUUGCAUUGGUAUGAAGUCUGUGGCAGCAUUUUACGCUCAUCAGGGUCGCCUUCAUGAGCAGAAGAUGAAAGAAGCCAACCAUGCAGCUGCUGUGCAAAUCUUUGAGAAAGUAAAUACUUCCUUGCUGCCUAUGAAUGUGUUGGAUCUGCAUGGUCUCCAUGUGGAUGAAGCAGUGAAUCAGUUGUCCAGAGUGCUGCAGGAAAAAAGUGAAGAGUACCAGCAGACCGGUGGUAAACCGUAUCUCUGUGUUAUCACGGGAAGAGGAAGCCAUAGUCAGGGAGGAGUUGCUCGCAUCAGACCAGCAGCUAUGAGAUACCUCACAAGCCACAACUUCAGGUUCACUGAAAUAAAACCAGGCUGCCUGAAAGUCAUGCUGAAUUGAAGGGUUGUUGAGAAGAGGAAUACAGAAACUGAGGUGUCGGAUCACAGCUAAAAAUUUUUUGAACAACCGCAAUAGUAUUUUGUAAUCUGUUUUAAAGGAUGAUAUUCUAUUAGAAAUGGCCUCAAUUUACAGCAAGCAUUUUUGUCAGCGUGUUUCCAAGAAAAUUUUUAUAUGGAAUGGAUGCUUUUUUGAACCCGCAAAAAAGAAGACGCUCACAGGAUUUGGAGUCUCAGAAACGCAGAUUAUGAAUUCUGCUGAGCAGUAUAGGAUGUUUUAAAGGGAAGUUAAGGUACAAUUUUUAAAUAUAACUGUCUUCUCAGUAUACCCAGGCUGUGUCGUCUGACCCUCACACAUUUUAACUACUGUAGAUUCUAUGCUUUUACAAGAUAAUACUUUGUAUGAAGUUAUUUUGUGAUUCAGAACUUUGUGCUAAACCCUUGAGAAGAGCACGGGGGAGAUGGGAACUGGGCAACUACUGAUAUUUCAAAUCCAGUUACAGCUGAGUGCUAAAUAUUUCCAGGUUUAUUCAAAAGUCUCAUGACUUUUUAGUGAUGGGUUGACCAGUUCUGUUGUCCUUUUUCCGUUUUAAACUUCUCCAGAUACUGAUGGAUGUUGCAUAUAAAGAACUGUGCAAUAAGACCAGCUGGGAGUUUGGUAAUUUUGCAGACUUACUGUGAUCUAUUAAAGGGAAAAGUACAACACUGUAGUUCAAUCUCUACUUACACAUAGCUAAUACUGUAAUUUUACAGUAUUUAUGCAGGAGAUGCCCUUAACUUUUUUCAACAUCUACUGGACUAAAAAUAUUUCUUCCUUUAUGGUUUUUUAAGUGGAGAAAAUUGAGUAUUGUUUCACUUUACAGGUAUCUGAUAGUGACAUGUCUUCAUUCUGUGUGUAUUUAAUUUGGUGAUUUCCUUGUAGAAAAUAUGAUUGUCAGUGAGACAUUUUAAAUGUAUUUUUAACAUCAAAGUGAAUGCUAAUACUACAGUAGUAAUUGCCUAACUGGAAAGUCUGGGAAUACAAAAGUUAUAUUAUUGGUGGUGGUGUUGCAUCAGCAUCUAGAAAUACCUGUGUAAAAAAGCAAAACAACAAAAAACCCCAAACACUCCCCCCCCCCAUUUAAAUAUAAACAUCAGUAUUGUGGCAGGUGUUUCCAGUAAGCAAUCAAAAACUUUUUAAGUAGAAAUAUCUUUUAGCAUGCAUUACUAUUUUUAUUUACAUCUUUGCCUCUUGAAAGGCAUACAAAUUUUUGUUGUAAGGCUUUUUCAGAAACAGGUAGGGGUUGUGUAUUAGGAGCAGUAUUAAUAGGUUAAGGAUCAAGGGGAGGGUUUAUUCAUUUAAAACAACUUUUGCAGUAAUUUAUAUCCAGCAACCACAUGCAUACAGAAUUUGUGUAUGAAUCCAUGUAUUUGUGCAAGUUCUGCCAUUUGUGUGCAUUAGGAGUAAUAAGCAAGGAACUUCUGUGAGAAAAGCUGUGCACAGAAAUAGGUUUCACUUGAAAAUGUGUCUGUGUAAGUUGCUGACAAACUGAAAGAUAUGUUUCCUAAAUAUCUAUAUUUACUGUAAUAUAUACACAGUGAAUGCAACGUACACUUAAAAAUUAAUUUGUCAUGCUUCAACAGAUACAGUAAUCUUUUCAUGGUGACUUCAAGUGGAAGAAUUGCUUGAAUAAUAUUUAAUUGAAGGGACUUUUACUGGAAUAAUAGUUGUAAUAUUUUUUGAGGUACCUAGUUCAUCUGAAUCAUGUCCUUUCUCUUUUUUCUUUCUUUCUGGGGUGAUC